UUUCUUCUUCUUCGGUUCUUCUGCAUCUCUCCAAUCAAGCGAGUGGUCGAGCAUCAUCCCACCAUCAAUCCAUCUUAGCGCGUGGCGGCAUUCAAUUGCAUCGUUUUCUCUCAAAGAGUCAAAGCAAUCGGCUGCAGCAAGUCCACGGUGAUCACCAUGGCGAGCGCUAGAGCUCUCCUCGCCGUCGCGGUGGCCGUGGCGGCGGUGCUCGGGACGGCGCGCGGCGCCAGCUACACCGUCGGCGCGCCGGCGGGGUCGUGGGACCUCCGGACCAACUACACCCGCUGGGCGUCCGGCGUCGGCUUAUUCCGCGCCGGCGACCGGCUGGUGUUCAGGUACCCCCGCGCCGCGCACAACGUGGUGGAGGUGAGCAGGGCGGACUACGACGCCUGCUCCGGCUCCGCGCCGCUCGCCACCUUCGCCACCGGCGACGACGCCGUGCCGCUCCCCGCCGGCGGGGUCACCCGCUACUUCAUCUGCGGCGUGCCCGGGCACUGCGACGGCGGCAUGAAGCUCGCCGUCAGGGUCGAGGCAGCUGAUGCCACCGCUGGCGCGCCCAACGCCGCAGCAGCUCCUUCUCCAGCGCCGAUGGCGACACCAGGCGCCAGGGCCCCGGCUGCCGGCGGCCCAGCAGCGGCGCCUCCGUCGAGCUCAGCGGCGCCGGCUGCUGUUCAGCCUCUGUUCGGGUUCAGCUUGGCAGUUGUCGUGGCUGGUCUCAUGGCUUUCUUUUAGAGCCAACGGUUGCCUCACAGAUAAUUUUGUUGCAUUAUAUUGUUCACUGUGUGCUGUGACGCGUGAUAGGUGCACGGUGCACGGCUUUUGUUGGACAUAUGGUGUUAUGAAUUAUUGAUCGUAUGAUAUGUAAUUGAGAUCAAUGAAUUUCAAGUCAGAUAUCUUGGGUAUUA